AUGAGCCGCUCCAUGAAAGCUCCUAUGAGGGCAUUGCUAGAGUUAAGGACGAAGUGUAUGGGCCGGCUGAACGUAACCGACUCGACAUAUACUUCCCUCUCAACGAUAAGAGGGAGAAGAAACCAGUCAUUCUAUUCGUCCACGGAGGUGGAUUCUUUUCUGGAGGUAAAGAAUGGAGUGAAAAGACGUCCAUCCUUUCUCACUUCCAGUAUCAAAAUGCAACCUGAACACCGCUCUGCUGAGGUAAUUGUGAUUGGGGCAGGAAUCGGAGGUCUUGCAGCAGCGAAAACCUAUCUUGAGUUGUCACCCCUGACAAACCUCAUACUCCUUGAAAAGCGACCAACCAUCGGCGGGGUCUGGUCCGAAGAAAACUGCUAUGAAGGCCUCAAGACAAAUAACCUCGGUGGAACAUAUGAAUUCACCGACUUUCCCAUGGGUGAGAAAUACGGCAUCAAAGAAGACGGACAUAUCCCGGGCUCCGUACUGCACUCCUAUCUGAAUGACUUCGCGACCCACUUUGAUAUCCUCCGUCGGAUCGACUUCAACACCCAGGUUUUAGAUAUUGAAAAGCUGGGUCAGGGCUGGCGCCUGAAUACAGAAACCACCGACUCAUCUUCGACUGUCGUGUAUACAUGCGACAAAAUUAUCGUUUGCAGCGGGCUGGCAUCAACGCCUAACCCCGUCAAUAUUCGCGGCAUUGAUGAAUUUGAAAGGCCGGUACUUAACCACUCGCAGUUACGCGAGGAGGGAGCGCGCAUUGCCCAUGAUCCUAACGUCGAGACUGUUACUGUUGUGGGAGCUUCCAAGACAGGGUAUGACGUCGUGCAUAUGAUGGCAUCGAAUCACAAGAGAGUGGAUUGGGUUAUUCGCGAGUCUGGGGGUGGUGGAGUCUGGAUGUCAUCCCCAUGGGCCAAGUUCGCGGGAGCCAAAACGAAGCUGGAGUUACUUGCAACCAUGAGGUUCUUUACAUGGUUUAGCCCUUGCAUUUUUGGUGAUUUUGACGGAUUCAGCUGGAUCAGGAAGGUCCUGCAUCAAACUCGCCUUGGACGAUACUUUGUACACAAAUUCUGGGAAGGAAUCCGGAUGGAUAUCAUUGAUCAGAACGGAUAUAGGAAGGAGGAAUGCUUGCAACACCUUGAACCCCUCGAAAGUUUAUUUUGGUCUGCACGAGUUGGAAUACUUAAUUAUCCAUCUGAUAUUCACGACUACCUUCGCUCCGGCCAAGUCAAGAUCAUACGGAAAGACAUCGAACACCUAUCUGGGCCCGGAGUUGUCACCUUUGCAGAUGGUACCAGUCUUCACACAGACGCGUUAAUUGCGAUCACCGGAUGGAAACUCGCCCAAUCGAUCAAAUACCAGCCCGAAGGCCUGGAAAGCAGUCUCGGCAUUCCAUGCAGCAAUACCAGCGCAGAGGACAGAAGUCUCUGGCGGCGAUUAGACGACGAAGCAGAUAAAGAAAUCCUAGGCCGCUUCCCAUACCUCUGCAACCCUCCACCCGCCAUUCCGUACAAGCAGGAUGUCAGCCCCUAUCGACUGUAUCGCGGCAUUGCACCUCCGUCUCUCGCGGCGAAGGGUGAUAAUUCUAUUGCAUACAUGAAGAUGGUCCACAGCACAAGCAAUAUUAUUAUCGCAGAGUGUCAGGCGCUGUGGACGUACGCUUAUCUAAAUGGGAAAAUUUCCCUUGACAAGACGGAAGUAUAUCAUCAGACUGCUCUCUUGAGUCGUUACGGAAAGCAGCGUUAUCCCUGUGGAUUUUCUGCGUGGUAUCCUGAAUUUGUCUACGAUGCUAUUCCUUACGCAGAUAUGCUGCUCCAUGACCUUGGGCUCAAGCGUUGGAGGAAGCCUACCUUUAAGAAAGAGAUGUUCGAAGGGUAUACUAUUCAUGAUUACCGGGGGAUUAAUCAGGAGUGGCUUGCGGCUCAGAUGAAGGCGACACCAAAGAGAUCAUAA